UUUCGAGAUUUGAUUGAUAACUUCGCGCGCCUAACGUGCCCUUGCAAUCGCAGCGGUGUAACUUCACAGUGCUGCAUACGAUCGCCCUCGCGGACGCCGUGUAACUUCCAGUCGACCAUAACCAGAAAGUCACCGUACCCGGGGGUACACCUUUUCCGGCGACACUGCCGAUUAUUAUAUUUGUAGAUGUCCGCAGACCUUCGCAGACUGCCCAAGAGACUACCUCAAAGCGUGAGGUGAGCUUCUCCAUAGAGCAUGUCGAGCCCUUAGAGAGGGAGGGGGAAGGUUCAUCGAUAUGCGAUCGGUUCAGUGAACGGACCGUGGGUGCGCUACCGGUUGCAACCGCUGGGUGGGUUCUUGAUGGAAAAAGCCCUCCCAACGUGCAUAGACGACGUCAGGCGUGCAUGCGUGUGUGUAUGCGUGUGACCAAUUUGUCAUUGACCGCGAAAGCCGAAUGGUCAACGUGUUGUUGCUGGUAAACGCCAUCGGGCAAACGGGUAAUAUACGGGUGAGGGAAAGAAAAUGGAUGCGAUCGAUCUGGCGUUGUUCAGAAGUCGGAUGGAGCCGAACACCCUCGGAUCAGUCGCUUGCCGUCGGACGGUGUGAACGCAACGUGGUGCAUUUCUUGGACACUUCGAGCGCAGCAACAUAGGCACACGGGAGACAGCAUAAACUGCAACAACAUGGUGAAAAAGCAAAUCCUAAUACCGCCCCGAAGGUACAGAGCGUGUCGUUUGUGGCAGGGUCCCCAGAUCGUGCGCAGAAUGCCGGAACCGGAGGGAGUGAUCCAUCAGCUGUACAUGGAGCGGCAGCUCCCACCCAAGGUGGCCGAGGUCGCUCGUACGCAGGGCGAAGAUCCGGACCGAACGAGCCUAAUGAUCGAGGAGCUGCGUGAUAUGAUUUAUGAAAAGGGCGAAUGCAUUCCGCACCGCAUCGACGACGACUAUCUGGUAAAGUUUCUGCGCGCUCGGUUCUGGAAUGUUCACCAUGCGUACAACCUGAUGGUGCGCUACUACGCUUUCCGGGAAAGCAAUCCCGAGUUCUACGAGAACGUCAAUCCGAUGGCGCUGCGUUCGUUGGGUGAUGACGACAUUAUCUCGAUCUCGCCCUACCGCGAUCAGGAGGGCCGGCGGGUGAUUUGCUUCAAGUUUGGCAAGUGGCGCCCGUCCAAGAUACCGAUCGUGGAUCUGUUCCGCGCGACGAUGCUGCUGCUGGAGGUCGGUUCGCUCGAACCACAGUCGCAGGUGCUGGGCGGAAUUGGGAUUAUGGAUUUGGAGGGACUUACGCUGAACCACGCGUGGAAUCUGACGCCCGCCGUUGCGCAGAAGAUGCUAGCCCUGCUGGCCACCAGUAUGCCGCUGCGAACGAGCCAGAUACACAUCGUCAACCAGGGCUGGGUGUUUGAUACGGCGUUUCAAAUCUUUAAACCCCUGCUGACGGACAAGAUGCGGCAGCGGCUGUUCUUCCACGGUACGGAUCGGGCCUCGCUGCACAAGUACAUUGAUCCGGAGGCGCUGCCUGAGCGGUACGGUGGAACGAAGCCGGAGUAUCCGUACACGUACUGGCUGGAGCAUUUGAGCCGGGACGAAAAGGUGGUGGAUGAGCUGCAGCAGCUCGGGUACGUGUCGGAUCCGCUGCUGGAGGAUUGAAGGAAGUGUGUGUGUGUGUGAGCACAUUUGAAGGAGACUGUUUGGGAGGGUUUUUGUGUAGCGAUGAAAAGCGCCAACCGUACAGGGUCUUAGAUUUAUAAGCUGAGUAUAGCCGUUGCACGAAAAAGUGCGGGAAGUAGAUAGUGUGAUACAUAUAUUUUCAAAAAGAAAACAAAAAAAUGAAUUAGUUCAUGAUUCGCCAUACCUUUUAGAAGUAGGAUACAUACAUGACAUUUAAUCAAUAAAUAAAAAGAAAAAAGAAAAAGUUA